AUGCGUCUACAGGAAGAAAAUACGGAUUUAAAAGUGAAGGUUGAAGAUAUGGUCCCUCUUCAAACAGAAUUCAAGCGGUUAAAGGAUGAGCUUGAGGAGCAUCGACUUCGUGCGCAAGAUUACGAAAAGCUCGACAGUCAAAUCAAUAGCUACAAAGCUAAACUCAAGGAAUUCAGUGCGCAGAAAAUUACAAUGAAAGUGCUGGAAGAAAAGGUGACAACAUAUAUGCAAAGUGUCGUGGCACUUGAAGAUGAGCAACGCAAAAAUGGUGUCCUGAAAACACAGAUUGAAUCAUUGCGUCUGGAAAACACAGAACUGAAUAUGAAGCUCAACGAUGCAAUCAGACAGGCUGAAAAG